AAUCUUUUUUGACAUUUACUUCAGUCGAAUCGCUUAUAUACACAACACUCUGUUAUAUACUUCGAAAACAAGUAAAUUCAUUUAACAAAUAAAACAAAUUUCCCAGACAAUGGCAGACAAUGAAACAGAGAAUACACCAACAGCCUCCGCGGAAAAGGAUAACAAAAUUUGCAUUUUACUAAACGCUACUGGAAACGUACCCAUUAUUAAGAAGCGUUCGUGGACUGUGGAUCCUUACAAAACAGUUAGUUGGAUUCAAAAGUUUAUACAUAAGUACCUUAAGCUAGAUCCGUCGGAACAAAUUUUUCUUUAUGUUAAUCAAACUUUUGCUCCCGCUCCCGACCAAAUAAUAAAAAAUUUAUACGACUGCCAUGGCACAAAUGGCAAAUUAGUUUUAUAUUAUUGCAAAAAUCAAGCUUGGGGCUAAUUUGUUUGAUGGACAAAAUUUUGGCAUUUGUUUGAGCAUCGUCUCAGACAGUGAAUAGUCGGUCACUUAUUAGACAAGAAAGUCAUAUUUUUAUAUACCUAUAUAAUUUGUAUUUAUUUAAGAUAAUUGUAUAUGCUUUAACUCAUAUAAGUUAAUAAAGAUUUGUGGAAACCGAUUUCAAGUAAGAAGUUUUUCCCGCAUAUAUGGGAAAUAUUUGCCUGGAACUUUUUCUUUUCCUUUUUUCAUA